GAUCUUUCAGCCACAUCGCUAUGGAUGUAAACUCAUAGGCAUGACGGACUACGUGAUAUGGCGAUCGUUGUUGAGGACCAAGGGCUUAUCAGGUCAUCUGUACCGAUGGACGCUCAUUAUUACAAGAAUACGACUUAAAGCAUCGGGACGAAGGCGAUGGCACCGGAGCAAAAGCACUCACAGGUCCAGAAGACGAUUACUACAGCGGCAAAGAAAGUGUUGACCAGUGCGGUGUCCGAGUACACGAGAAGCAAGUCGGGCAAUAUGCUGAACAAGGAUAUUGUGGCAAUCGGAAAGGUAGUUUAUAUUUCUGAUGACGAUGCCGUCUUACGAGAUAUGGAGGAAACGGCACAGAUCGACACGCGACAGGUGGUUAAUAAGUGCAAAAAUGUUGGCACUGGAGAUGGUAGUGUCGGCGACCAGGAUGGCGAGGGCGAGGACCUUCAAUCAGCGGAGGAAAUGAAUGACGACGCUGCCAAAGAUAUCGUCAACACGGUGAAGGCGUACCGUGUCGAGUCAGCUAAGAUGGGAGUUAUAUAA